CUUCCCUUUUGCAGACUUCGCAAGAAACUACUAAAAAAUCCACUACGACUAGAUCCAUUGUCCCAACGAAACGUUGCAACACUCAUACUUGCGGAUAUAGAAAUCAAAUCGGCUUAUCCGCACCUGCCGAAUUUCCCUGGUCUGUGGCUGUUUAUUUUGGAAAUAAUUUUAUUGGCGGGGGUUCGCUGGUGGCUCCUAGAGCUGUCCUCACCGCAGCCCAUAUCUUCGAGAAUAUGACCCAUGACAAUAUAAGGAUCGUAGCUGGUGAUUGGAAUUUGAAAUCAGAUCAAGAGUCAUUUGCCCCUGAAGAGCGUAGAGUUAAUCUUAUUAAGAAGCACGAGAAAUUCAAUCAUAUUACUGGAGCGAACAAUUUGGCCAUUGUAAUUUUGAACCAACCCUUCCCGCUGAAAGACCACAUCCAGACCAUCUGUCUGCCCAGUCAACAAGGACACUACAUGGGGAACAAAUGCAAAGUCGCCGGGUGGGGUGUUAAGAAAUUCGGUGACGAAUCCUUCUCUGAUGUUCAGAAGGUAGUAGAGCUGUCCUUGGUGGAUCAGGACCAAUGCGAGGAUCAGCUAAGACAAACCGAACUGGGCCCAGACUUUCAAUUGGAUCCAAGUCUAAUUUGCGCCGGAGGGGAAGAGGACGUAGAUUCCUGUACGGGAGACGGUGGAUCCGCUUUAUUCUGCCAGCUGCGAGAGGACAGGAGCCGCUACGUACAAGUUGGCAUCGUCAACUGGGGUAUGAAGUGUGGCCAGAAGGACGUACCGGCGGUCUAUACCAAUGUGGAAAUGUUCAGGGAUUGGAUUCAUCAGCAAUUAAAAUUGGUCCCGAGUUGCACACCAGGACAAUUCAAAUCAUCAUAAGAAAAUGUACACAAUUUAUUUAUAUUUCUGGCGAAUAAACAGAAAAAUGUA